AUGUCCAAUAAAAUCCCUAACCUAACCCUCUCAAAUGGCACCAAAAUCCCCGCCCUAGGCUUCGGCACCUUCGAAGAUGUCCCCGAGGGAAUGUACAACGCCGUCCUAUGCGCCCUGGAUACCGGGUACAGACAUCUAGAUUGUGCAUGGUACUACAAAAACGAAACCGAAGUAGGCGCCGCCCUCCGCACCUGGCUCACCCAAAACCCCUCCGUCCCACGCUCAGAAAUCUUCAUCACGACGAAAAUAUGGCCGCAUCUAAUGACGCCCGAGGAUCUACGCUGGAGUCUGGAUUCCUCGCUGCAGAAACUGGGGGUCGAGUAUGUGGAUGCGUUGUUAUUGCAUUGGCCUGUGGCCGCUGAACGGGAUGAGAAUUACGAAGUUGCGAAGGACCCGGUUAACAAUGGCUAUAUCCUCAAACCAGACCAACCAGCCGCCCUCCUCGCCGCAUGGGAAACCAUGAUCUCCCUCCUCACCACAACAACAAAAGUAAAAGCCAUAGGCGUAUCCAACUUCAGCACCACCCACCUCAAACCCCUCCUACACACCUCCCACCCCCCAAUGAUAAACCAAAUAGAAAUCCACCCCUACUUCCCCAACACGCAUCUCAUUUCCUUCUGCGCCCAGCACAAAAUCCAAGCAGUAGCCUACUCACCCCUCGGCUCCCAAGGCCAGACCGUCCGUCAGGGACAGACCGUCGCUACCGUGCUGACAGAUCCAACACUCCAGGCAUUGGCGGCGGAGAAAGGGUGUAGUAUAGCGCAACUGUGUAUCGCGUGGGGGAUUCAAAGGGGGUAUGCUGUGUUGCCGAAGAGUGCGAAUGAGGGGCGGCUGAGGGCGAAUUUUGAGGUGGUGAGUUUGAGUGAGGGGGAGAUGGAGAGGAUUAAUGGGAUUGCGGGGGGGAUUGGGAGGAAGGAUGGGAAGGGGGUGAGGAUGGUGAAUCCGAUUGAGAUGUUUGGGUUUGAUCUUUGGGAGGGGGAGGAUGAGUGA